AUGACCAGGCGUGCGGGCGGCUGCUGUGGCGCGUGCUUGUCCUGCCCUGUGGCUGCACUGCACCGCACCGCACCGCACCACACCACACCACCACCGCCGCCGCCGCCUACUAAUACGUCUGCGCCUACUCCUAAUACACAUGGAGUAGUAAUAGACGCCUCCACCACUCCACCACUCCACCACUCCCACUCCACCAUCACCAUCACCACCACCACCACCACCACCACCAAGCCGCCUGCUGCACGGCGCUCGGACGGCCGAUCAACCCUGAGCGGCCCCGAGCGCCGUGCAGUCUGCAUCUGCAUCUGCAUCCAUCUGCACUCUGCACUCACUCUGCACCCACUCUGCAACUCGCCCACUGCCCGCUGCCCACGGCCUGCUGCUACGCACUCUAGCUCUCCUCCUACCACGACUACUGCUACACUGGGCUGUAUCCAGCAGGCAUGCCGUCGCCUGCGCGCGAAUACGGCAGGUGGGGACACGAGGCUAUCAAUGACAUAGCUCAGUGCGGAGCCCUCGCAAGCCCGCAACCAGGCCUUGGACCGGCGAUCUCGCCUCAACCGCCCUUGUCGCCCCUCUGGCCAGAACACCUACCACGCUCUUUUCUCUCGCACUCCCACAGCCAGACCGCCAGUUCACCGCGCCGGAAACGUCACCCGCCAAUCGCACACAGGCCUUUCCCUACAACCAUCGCCCUGGUUGCCACCAUUGCUCUUCGGCCCGCCCCUGCUCUUCCUUCUCU